AUGGGUCGCCAUUUUCCAUCCGACCCUCAAGUCUGUGGCCACCUGAUGACAGACGGCACUCUCGGCCGCACGGGCAAGAUGGCGCUGACGUCGUGGCUUCUGGCGCCGAUACGGGCGCCCAGGGCGCUCCCGCUCCUCCCAGGCGCCAUCGACGACGCGAUGACCCGGGAAGGCACGGCGACGUGCGCGCCAUCCGCCGCGACGACCGGCGCCAAGCGCAAGUCGCCGUCGUCGUCGUCGGGCGUCAACCCCUUCUCGAUCGCGUCACGCGCCGCGUCCGCCCCGUCCACCUCCUCGCGCCGCGGCGCCGAUCCAAACCCCGAGACGUUACCCCGCGGCGACUACCACCUCCCGAACCACCCGUCGUCGCUCCUGCGAUACGAACCGGCGGCGAUGUCGUGCACGCGGGACGAGUACGAGCAACUCUGGCGAUUCGCCGAUUCCGUCGCACCCACGCCCAACCCGAUGAACAGAAACGUCAACCUCCUCCGAAAACAGGCGACGUUCGGGGCGACGUACAGGUUCGGCGCCCAGGUGAGUCAGCGCGUGGACCUACCGUCGCGUGACACGUGGCCGGCGCUGGUGCGCAGGUGCGUGGAUGAUGCCGUCCAACGCGUCGAUCCGUCCGACGGAGCGAGGGACUCGUACCGAGCGAACGUCGCCGCGCACGUGAACUGGUACCCAAACGGUCGUUCCGGGAUGGGCCGGCACAGGGACGCGGAGCCGGACCUCGUCCCGGGAGCGCCGAUAUUCUCCUACAGCUUCUCCUCCGCGAGCGCAGACGGGUUGCCGCGAAUCUUCGACGUGUACCGGUUGGGAGCGAAGAGACCGAUCGCGGCGGUGCCACUCUCCCACGGGGACGUGCUGGUGAUGGCGGGGACGACGCAGGAGACGCACGAGCACGGGGUUCGGGCGACGGCGAAGAGGGCGUACGCGGGGGAGAGCAGGAUAAACGUCACGGUCAGGGCGUUCAAGCCGGGAUCGCUCGCGGUGCGCGUCGAAAAGUAG